AGAGAGAUGGAGAUGCUCUGGGACCGGAAGAAUAGAUUUCCACUGAAAAGGGGGAGUAGCCAACCCUUGAGAACAAAUGCAGCUCUUUCUAUGUGGAGAAAUGGAAAGAGACUACAACUCCCAGAAGCCUCAGCUUUCCAGGAGGUGGUUGCCAUAGGGAUGGAAAUCAACAGACCUGGGAAAACAGGCCAAAGGCUGGAAAGGAGAGAAUGGAGAGCAGUGAGGAGGAAUUUGUAUCGUUGCUAGAGGAGGAGGAAGAGGAGCUCUCCUCCUUCCACCUUGGUGACGAACUGCAAGAUCUAGAGGAGAAGCUUUCUCAGAUCCAAGUCCAUAUUCCUGAAGCUGUAUAUGAAUUCGACUGGAGUUCCAUUGACACCGCCAGUUUGCCAGAGUCCUACAAGACGAAUUCUUCCAAGGAGCAGAUGCUGUUGCAGGUGGCCAACAAUUUUCACCGACAGUAUGCGCACCUCUGUCCAGACCGUGAACCCCUCUUCCUGCACCCUAUAAAUGAAUGUGCGGUGGAAAAAUUUGUGAGCACGACAGUGCGCCCGACUCUGCUCCCUCACUCAGAGUUGUACAACUGGGAUGGCUGCGCCCGCUUUGUGGCCGACUAUCUCACCAUGGAGCCUCUUCUGUCUCCAAUCACCCCGCCCGGUUACUUGUACUCCCCGACUACAAUCCUGAGAUACCAGCGGGGGAACUGUUUUGACUUCAGUGUCCUCUUGUGCUCUCUGCUGAUUGGCGCGGGUUAUGAUGCCUACUGCGUGAACGGCUAUGCCACCCGGGAGAUAUGCAUGAUGGACGAGUCCAGGGAGGUGUGCCCACUCUUGCAAAAAUCAAAACAGGUCCCAGUAGAGGCCACAAAGCAGAAGCCCAAGAGGUACGCCAUCAAGCCCCCGCGGGAUCUCCGUAGCAAAUUCGAGCUGCGUCAGGAAGCCAAGCAGGAGGCAAUAGUGCAGGCAGCUGAGGAGAAGCAACGGAAGGAGCAGGACGAAAGGACAGCGGAAGCUGAAAAGCCCCAUCCAGACCCCCUGUAUGGUCUCCGUGUCCAUGCCUGGGUUCUGGUUCUUUCAGGCAAGCGUGAAGUGCCGGAGAGUUUCUUUAUCGACCCUUUUACAGGAAAAAGCUAUGCUACCACUGACGAUUAUUUCCUUGGUAUUGAAAGUGUCUGGAACCACCGGAAUUACUGGGUUAAUAUGCAGGACUGUUGGAACGCGUGCAGGGAUCUCCAGUUUGACCUCGGGGACCCUGUGCGGUGGGAAUUCAUGCUGCUCGGCUCUGACAAGCCCCUCCUGUCACUCCCGGAAAUGGAGGAGGAAGAGGACCUCGGGGAGGAUGAGGUGGAAGAUAUGAUUAAAGAAGAGGAGCCAAAGGGUUUUGACAUGCCCGCAUCUUGGGUGGAGCAGAUCCAAAUCACUCCAAAAGAAUUUGAGACGCGCUGUCCCCUAGGGGUGAAGGUGAUUCAGUAUAAGAGUGCCAAGCUGGAAAAAUGGGCGCCGUAUCUGAACGGCAGCGGGUUGAUCACUCGCCUCACCGUCUAUGAGGAUCCAGACUGUACUAAAGUGCUGGAAGUGAAGGAGUGGUUCAAGAAUCGAGAAGACAUGAUGGAGACGAGAGAACUGAAUAAGCAAACGGGAGUGACUAUGGAGUUCUUCAUGCCUGGACAUGUGCAAGGCCUCAAAGCACACAUCUACAAGACCAUGGAUCCUGAGACAGAGCGCACUAUGGAGUUCUACAACGAGACCCGGGUGGAUGGCCUUCAGAAACGUGUGGAAACUUCCAAAGACAUGAUGGAAUAUUUUGAAGGGCGGUCAGAUUUCCUGUAUUACCGGCACGUUGAGUUUGGCAAAAGAAUAAAGAAACCUGCCAAUGCUCUGGCCAUCACUGAAACCAAUGCCCGGCCCAUUUUGAAAAUCACUGAGCGGUUCCACAGGAACCUGCACAAACCAGCAGAUGAAGAUGUGGCGGAACGCAUCUUUUCAUUUGUGGAGGAAAAGAUCCUCUUGACCUACCACUGCAAGGAAAACUACAUCACUCCUUCAAAGAGGGAAUUCAACAAACGGUCAGAUGUGGACAGCACCGGGAAUAAGAUUGUCAUGACGAGCGACAGGUGCAUCAGCUAUCAGGCGGGGUCAACGGAGAAGGAGAAGAAGUUGUUCCACCUGUAUGAAAUGAUGCUGCACCUAAUGGAAGAGGAGAAGCUUGCCCGGCACCAAGUCUGGGAAUCAGAGAUGGAGAUCCUGGAAAUUUUGCGGAUUCGAGAGGAAGAAGAAGUAGCCAGUAAGUUGACCGUGUCUAUUUAUGAUACUGAAAGAAAUGAGAAGAGCAAAGAACAGCGAGAGGCAAUGGAGCGCCUCCAGCAAGAGGAGCGCCAGCGGCAAGUGGAGCAGGAUCUGGACUACCUGGCGCCUUUCCUGAUCCAGGUGGGCGGCGUUGACAAGAUGACCAAGUGGCUUGCUUUGCGCUUGAAGGAGGACUGUCUCAGCGAUUUCAAGCACCGCCUUGUCGACAAGGCCAACCUCAUCCAAGCCCGUUUUGAGAAGGAAACCCAAGAGCUUCAGAAGAAGCAGCAAUGGUACCAGCAGAACCAGCUCAACAUGACCUUGGAGGAUGAGGAUGCCUACUUGAACUACUGCUCGGAUGCUAUGUUCCGCAUUCGAAUCCUGGAGCUCCGUCUUAGCAGGCACAAAGAGAAAGCUCCACUGAAAUACAUGGCACUAGAAGAGAAAUUGUGCAAGGACCCGCGCCUGUCUGAACACCUCCGUUUUUAUAUCUGAUUGUACUCCAAAUACUCGCACAGCCAUCACUGGGAACGGCUCCUUCAACCCUCUUGACCUCUUCCUUGAUGUGACAGUGCAAAGUAUAAUGAU